AUGUUUAAUUUUAGAAGAUUACCGCUCUUUCAUGAAGACCAAACAAAAGAUACAAGAGAAAUAAAAAAAUUUUUAAAUAAUUAUGAAGGAAUUUUCUUUUGUUCUUUUAAUAAAUUUAUAAAUGUCUUUUUAGACAAAAUUCUUUUUAUUGACCCAUCAAAUUUAAAUGUUACAACAGUGAGUACUAACACACUCAUUGUUAAUUUUUGUUUUAAUGAUAAAACAAAUAAUCUCAUUAUUUUAGGGAAAAGAAAAAACGCACUAAUAUGCAAUAUAUACAACAUAAAAGAAUAUAAUUUCAUUCAUCUAAAAAAAAUAAAUUUAAUUAAAAACUAUGAAAAUAUAAAAAAAGCUUUAAUUAGCAAUUGUCUAGAUUACAUAAUUACUUUAGAAAAUGAUAAAAUUACAUUUUAUUAUAUAACUAAUGAUUAUAGUAUAAAUAAAAGUGAAUUAAUAGAAGAUGAAGACAAUACUGAAAAUGUAUUUUUAUGUAAAGAUGAUAAUUUAGUAAUUCUAAAAAAGAAUUGUGUAAAUAUUUAUAAAUUGAUAAAAAAUACUUUAUCUAUUAGUUAUGAAUUUAUUGAAAGUAUUAAAUUAAAUUUUUCUAAUAAUAAUAAUAAUAAUAUAUUAUCAGAUGAAUCAGUAUUAUCAAUAUAUAAUGAAGAAAUAAACGUUUUAUAUAUAUGCCAUAAUUUGCUUAAAGUGUUAUGUGUUUUGAACUUAAAUAAUAGAAAGUUUGAAUAUAUUUUACUUGAUAAAAAAAUAAUUGAUUUAUUUUGUGCAAAAUUUUAUUUAAUUUUGCUUUUAGAAUUUAAUAAGAAAUAUUAUAUAAACAUAUAUAUUAUAUAUGAAGAUAUGAAAUUAAUAGUUUUUAAUACAUCAUUCAAUUACAUGUUAACAAAUAUUAUCUUUUUUAAUAAUUUACUCUUUUUUAUUAUUGAUGAUUAUGUUCAGAAAUCUGAGACUAAAAUUGAUAAAUAUUACUUUUAUGAACAUUCAAAGAACAACUACAUUUCUAAAGAAGAAUGCGAAAGCUCUAGACUUGAUAGAAGUGAUAGUGUAAGUGAUAUCUUUAUAGAAUCAGAAAAAACAAAAACAAAAAAUUUUGAUAUACUUAAAAUGUACAAUAAAAAUAUAAAUAGAGGAAACGUAAGAAAUGAUGUGAAUAUAAAUAAAAAGGAAGAUAUGAUAAAUGAAGAAAAUUACAUAGAAGAAAAAAAACCAUAUACUGAUAAAUUUUUUAAAUUAAAUAAUAAAGUUUUCAAAAAUUCUAAAAAGAAAAUUAAAAUAGUAUUAAAAGAAAAUAAUAUGAAUGAAAUUAUAAACAUUUUUAAAAAAAAAAAAUUAUUUCAUUGGUUAAUCAAAUAUUCCGAAUUAAAUAAAAAUUAUAAUUCUGUUAAUUUUGGUUAUGUUUAUAAAAUUUAUGCAGAUUUUUUAUUUGAAAAAGAGCAGUAUGAAAAAUCUUUGUAUCAAUAUAUAAAAACUAUUGGAUUUUUAGAAACUUCUUAUGUUAUUCAUAAAUAUUUAAACUUAGAUUUAUAUGAAUAUUUAUCUAUAUAUUUAGAAAAAUUACAUGAACUUCAUCUUUUUAAUGAUGAACAUACAAUGAUGUUAUUAUCUUGUUAUAAAAAAGAAUGUAAAAAAAAAAAAAUGAUAACUUUCAUAAAGAAUUAUAGGAACAAAAUUAAUUUAAGUAAAACAUAUAAAUUUUUAUUAAAUAUUGGCUAUUAUAAUGUAGUUUUAAAAUUUUCCAAACGAAAUAAAGAUCACUUAACAUAUAUAUCUAUCUUAAUAGAUAAAUUUGAAAAUUAUGAAAAAAGCUUAAAAUAUAUCUUUAAAUUAGAUGUAGAAAAUAUAUGUAUCUUAUUAUUCCGAUAUGGAUAUAAAUUUAUUAAAUAUUUUCCUGAAUUAACUAUUCAUUUAUUAAAAAAAAUUAUUAAAAAAUAUAAUUUAAAUUUAACCAUUUUUAUUCCUUUAUUUAUGGAUAAUAUAGAUUUCCUAUUUAUAUUUAUCUUAAAAUUUCUGGAUAAAAAAAAGGAGGAAACAAUUAUGGAUAAAAAUAAUAAUGUUGACAAAAGAUCACUUUAUAUUAAAAAAAAAGUUAAUGAUCAUAUUAUAAAUAAUAUGAGUGAUAAUGAAAAUUCCAUUAACAUAAUAAGUAGAAAAAAAUUAGAAUUUGAUAUAUUCAAUGGUGAUUACGAUUAUAUCUUAUUUGUUACAGUUAUGCAAAUACUUUUACAAAAAUAUAAAAAAAAUGAGAAAAAUACCAUUUUAACACAUAAUAUAGAUAAAUUAAUAAAAAACAUGGAUAAAAAUAUAAAAUUUUUAUCUCUUUUGUUAUUAUCUAUAUAUAAUUAUAAUAAAGGAUUAUUAAAUAUAUGCAAAAAAAUUAACAAAUUUCAUAUAUCUUUUCUAUUUUCUAUUAAUAAUGCAAUUAAAGUAAUAAAAAUAAAAUAUAACCAAAAACUGCUUUUAUCAAAAAAUAGAAAUAACAGUAAUUAUCAACUUAUGGAUAAACAGUUUCAUAAAAUAUUGAACAAACAAUCUCACAUAUAUAUAUUUAAUACUUGUAUUCAGCAUUUCAAAUUAAACUACUCAUUCUAUAAUUAUAUUUUUUAUUAUUUAUCCUUAUUAAAUGAUGACAAAUUCCUUAUUAAAUUUAUAAAAAUAAUAAAAAAAAAAUCUACUCUAUCAUUAUUAAAUUUAAUAUUAAUUUUACAAAAAUAUAAUAAAAGUUAUGGAUGUCUAAAAAAAAUUGUUAUUUCCUAUUUAAAUAACAUGGAUCAAAAUAUAAAUUCAAAAUAUGCAGAAAUAUUAAAAGAUAAAAAGGAGUUAUAUAAAGUAAAAAAAAAAAAAUUAAGGAAUAAAUGCAACUUUCACUUAAUUGAAAAUACAUAUUGCUCUCUGUGUAAAGAAGUAUUAUCUAUACCAAUUAUUCAUUUUUUAUGCAACCAUUCAUAUCAUUAUUAUUGUUUAAAUGAAAAUAAAGUAUGCAUGUUAUGUUAUAAUAAAGAUAAUGAAAAAAAAUUACUAAAGGAAAAAGCUAAAAAUGCUGUCAAUAAUUUUGAUGAAUUUUUUAAAUAUUUACAAGGGUCAACAGAUAAAUUUUCUUUUAUCUCGAAUUAUCUUUCCUAUGGUGUUACGCCUAAUAAAUGA